AUGGUGUCUGCAAUCUGCCAAACUCAGCAGUUUACAAUGUAUUUUAUGAUGUAGAAGUCGUAAAUGCAAAUUGAAAAUAAAUUGUUCUUGAUGGAUUUUCAACUCGAAAGUGAGCAAAUGUGCGGCAUUCAAUGGCUAUUUUCGAAAGACAGACACCCAAUAAAGUUUUACUAGACGACACUGAGCCUAUAAAAUGUACGAUUGAAAAUUGGAAAAACGUCAAUGGACACACAGAAUUCAUCGUGAGAGUUUACAGAGGACCAUUUUCGGACCAGACUUGGAAAAUCAGUAAAAGAUACAAUGACUUCUUCAAAUUGCAUAAUGCUCUGCAAAAUUCAGGAAUUCCCAUCGAGUUUCCUCCUAAGAAACUUAUUGGUAAUAUGGACCCACAUUUUAUUAGUGAGAGACAGCAGGGUUUGCAGAAAUAUUUAGACAACGUAUUCAUGAAUCCGAUUUUGGUAUCUUCUUUACCAGCUCGGUCAUUUGUAGACCCAGCAAACUACUGCCAACCCUUCGGAGAGUUGGCUCUGCAGCAUGUUUCUCUAGCACUUCGAGGAGAAGUGGGAUGGGAAGUUGUGGGGCCCAUAAACGAUAUUGGUUGGCGCUUGAGAAAGCAUUACUACCAACUGAAAUGCAAAUCGAUCCCAAAGGAGGAACUUUUUGGCAGCUGGACUGAUUACGGUCCAGAUAAACAUUUAGAUGACAAGGAAAUGCAUGCUAUUUUCAAGAGUUUGGGUCAACUUCAGCACCCUUAUAUACAUGCCAUCGAACUGAGCAUUUGUACCGAAAUAGGUGGUUUAGUAGCCAGAUUGGGGCACAAGAACGGAACUCUGAGGGACAUUCUGUGUGGGGCCAAACCUCGACAAUCUUUUCUUAAAAAAUAUGGCAACCCCAAGGGUCACAAAGGCUUACCCAUAGAACAGAUAUCUCUCUAUGGGCGACAGAUAUUGGAAGCUUUGAAAUUUAUGCACGACAAGGGAUUUCCUUACGGUCAUCUGCACACAGGAAAUAUAGUAAUAGAUGACAAUCGCGUGAAGCUUCUUGAUAUUGAAAACGGAGUUAUGGGAGUGCCGUCGUAUUACAGGCCGUAUUUUAUGCAACACAAAAAAAUCAACAAUGUAGAAGCGAUAGAUGUCUAUUGUUUCGGUCAUGUCUUGUACGAGAUGAUGUUUGGAGCCCCGCUUCAUGAGAGUAUCGCUGACAAUAUUCCAGCUUGUCCUAUGAGAAACAUCCUCGUUAAAAUUCUGACGACUGAGGCGUGUAAAAACGGCCUUCCUAAAAUUAUGGACCUCUUGGCGGAUCCGUUCUUUUCGUUUGUGCAGCUAAGCCUGUUGCCUACGGACAGGGCUCACUUCAAGAUCCCCAGCUCGACGAAGGAGCAGCUGAAGUCGGUAGUAGCCAAAAUGGAGGAAAGACUGAUAGGGGAACAGAAGCUGGUGCGAAGCCAGAAACGUUUGGCGAGGGUACAAGAAAUGAUGAGCUGUGAAGAGGAGAAGAAGAAGCAUAGGCACAAAAUGGAGCGUAUGGCUAAAGAACAGCACAAGCAAAACAAGAAGUUGGAAAAAGCUAACAGUGUGAACGGGGAUCGACCUGAGAGUUUGAACAGCAGCGCAGCCACUUCUGUUGGUACUGCUACACCUCCUUCGAUUGCAGGUUCAAACGUACCAUCGCCUCAGCCUCCGCCACCUCCCCCUCUCCUGGACGCGCCGGUGCCGCCACCUCCGCCCCCCUUGAUCAACGGGGCCCCACAGACGAUGCCGGGCGUCGACAAAGACCGUUCCCAGCUGCUGGGGGCCAUCUGCAACUUCAACAAGUCGUCGUUGCGCAAAACCAAAGUUUCCUGAAUUAUCCAGCCAAGACUGUAAAUAUUAUUGAAGAUGUGAUAAGAAUUUUUUGUUUCCAUGUGAAUGUCCCGGAAUGCGUCACUUGAAUGUGUAUAUCAAUAACUGGUUCGGGUCGGUGCAAGGGCUAUUAGAGGAAUGAAUAUGCUGAGAAACACGAUUUGAAAUUCCUGAGGGUUGUUUUCAGUCGGUUUCAAUAAUGAUAAUAAUUAUACUUUAUUGUCUAAGGAAAUAAGUUGUUAUUAUUAUUAUAAUGACUAAAUCUUGUUGAAUAAGCAUACUAGCCGAAUAUAGAUGAAAUUAACAGUUACUUUAAAAGAAAUUAUGUAAAAUACAAACAGAAACAUAUGAACACAAACUCACAAAAAUAUCAUAAAUAUACCCUGGUGUUUUAUGGAGGAGUCAACAAAAUUAUUGAACACUGUGCCAUCCGGUUGUUUGUCGGGCAAGACAUUCGGAACAAAGGUAUAUUUCAUUGGAGCCGAUUUUAAUGAUGAAGAAAUCAAAAACCUGUGUCGAGGCAACCAGAAAUUAACUAAGUCGAGAAAUUUAAACAGAAUCCUAUAUAUUUUUUU